AUGGCUCUGUACGGCAAACACAAAGACGACAAGUCCGCUGCCUCGGGAGCCAAAACGUCCCGCAAGAAGACGGCCAUGCCAGCAAGUACCCCUGCGAGCAUGCAAGUGCAACUCUCACGAAUCGCCCGCUCUAGCCGUACAGAUUUUGAGAAGCGAGUCUGGACGGCGCUUUGCCACAUCCCUGAAGGCCAAGUCACUACCUAUGGUCUACUCUCCAAGUACCUUGGCUCGUCACCCAGGGCGGUAGGCAACGCCCUGCGACGCAAUCCUUUCGCGCCUGAAGUCCCUUGUCAUAGAGUCGUCGCGACUGGUAUGACGCUAGGAGGGUUCAAGGGAAAAUGGCCGCGGGAUGGAGAGGGGAUCACACUCGGUGAGAAGCGAAGUCUUCUCAAGGGCGAGGGCAUCAAGUUUGAUGAUAAAGGGAAGGUUUUGAGUACACCGUGGACAGGGUGGUUGUAA